GCAUGAUAAAUCCCUAUGUUAUUUAAUCUUAUCCAAGAUUAACACGUAAGCAAUAGAUUAAAAGGUGAAGUAUAAAACGUCUGUUCUACAACGUUUCUAACUCAUAGUUAUUCAACACCAACAUGUAUUGUCCAGCCAUGGUGAUAUUAUAUUUGUAUAUUUUACAUGCAUACAACUUAUUAUUAGAAGCGAGCCUCAUCAAACAAACGUUAUAUAAGAGUGAGCCCUUUUGUCUGCUGAACUCAAGGAUUCGAGCAUUUAAUGUUUGGUCGGAUAUACAAUGUGCUAGGCAUUGCUUAUCCAAUGCACCCCCGCCAUGUGAUGCUACAAUCUGGAAUUCGAUCAACAAAACGUGCACUGUUGUGCAAGGUGUAGAUGGAUUACUAGAAAGUCACGUUAAAACGACAAUUGACUCACAAAUAUAUAAUACCUACAAAGAAGGUUGCACUGAGUUUGGAUAUUACUAUGACUCUACCACGAAUACAUGUCUGAGGUUAUACCACGUAGCAAAUAACAAAACAUGGAAGGAUGCCAGAAACCAUUGUCAACUAGACGGUGGUGAUUUGAUAAGCUUACCAACAAGGGAAAAAUGGAAUUUUACUGUUAAAUUUACAUACUGUGCAGCGGAAAUGUGGAUAGGUUUAAAGGCAGAACAGUGGCUAACGGGAGAACCUUUUGUGAAUAUAUAUGGAAUUGACCCACCAAUAUUAAACAACUAUGACUAUAAAUUCCCAACUGAUCCUGAGAAACAUUGUGGAUCUUUUCAGUCCAAAUCGAAGAAUCCAUUGCGAGACGACAGCUGUAACAUUAGGCGUAAACAUUUUUUUGUGUGUGAAAUUUUGAUUCCGUAAUCAAUGAAGACAUUCGAAUAGCUACAUUUGUAGUUAGAUACUAUAAACAAUAACGGUCUUACCCAGAAAUGAUUAGGAAAACAUACAGCCUUUUCAUUUUUACAAAAUCAUUUUUUUCGAAUAAUUUUCUGUA